ACACACAGCCUCCAAAUUAUGUAUGCACAUGGCUAAAAGUCUUAUAAUCUAAAAGUGACAAUCUUCGACACUUGGAAAAUACCUAGAAAUACUUUCACCGCACUUAUACCCAUCUUAUUAAUGCUUGUAGUGUUUUUAUUGGGACCAAAACAAAUUCAUGCAAGUUACGACAUUUGUAGAUUGCAACGAGGAAUAACAAAUUGACAAGUACUGGUUUACAUUGAGUCGUGCUAGGCGCUAAGUAAUUGAUGCUGGGCGAGUUUUGUGGUUGGGGGGACGGAGCGAGGUGCGGAUUUUGGGGCCGAGGGGCGCUGACGAGUUCUCGGACAGUGUGUUGAUGUCGAUCUGCUGAGAGCUCUCUUUUCUUUACUUACAUCGCUCGUCCUGGGGCCUGGAUGUGAGGUGAGAGUGAAAGCAGUCGUCGUCGUGUGGAUGAGUGUCGAGUGUGUCAAGGGCCCCCCCACCGAAGCAGCACUAUGGCCUGCUUGCAGUGGCUGAGGAAAAUUACUCCACACGAAGAGAGCGACUGGAAUAGUUUGUCUGUUUGAUUGAAUAAAAGUGUGUGCUAGGUUAGGUUAAAUGUGCCCUUGGCGAAACGAAGAAACUAAUAAUUAGUAUCACCUUCUGCGGAUGAAUGGGAAAUGAAUGAAGGCGACGAGAAAAAUUAUCAAUCAACCACCUCUUCUUUUUUUAAAACAACAUUUCAAUCAUAUAUCAAUCAUAUAAUAUUAUAUGCAAGGAACGAACACUGGCCUAUCCGUUUAAAAUAACUGCUGAUUGCUUCAAGAGUAUAGGAUAAUUAAUUGUGUCAAAAAAGCCAAGCGAUGUCCUUAAUUUGAGAGAAGAAAUACAAGAUUGAAGAAAACGAGAGAGGAGAACGGUCAGUUAUCGUUGCCAGUUGUCGCUGUCAUUGUGCUGUUUGUAACCACUGCUGGUCGGUCAUUUAAUUAAUUUCAAAUCAAUUGCUACAAGGGGUGCUGUUUAUGUGAUUUGUUGGCGACAACGGCGAUAGAAGAAGCGGCAUAGAAGAAUGUCUUGUAUGAAAGACUUGAAUGAUAAAGCCUUGAUUAAAAUGGAGGGUGGGUAUUAUCUGUGACUUUUUCUUGUUCGAUAUAUAGUGGUUUAUUCACCAAGUGUAAUUGAACAGAAAUAAGGGUGAAGGGUGUACUUAUCUGUGAGACUUUGUGAUUUCUACAAUCAAAAAUCCUUGAAAUGACGACCUACAUUCAAGUUGCAGAGGACGAGGGUGAAGAGCCCAUAGAAGUUCCGACCGAAGAAGACGGAUCACUUCUUCUCUCCACAUUAUCCGCCCAAUUCCCAAGUACCUCCGGGCUCAAAUUUCGCAAUCCAGAAUCUGGAGGAAUUCGCGGCGUUCGUUUAGUAGAUGGUCGUUUUCAUCCUCCGGAGAACGGGUGGGGAAAUCUUGUCUUAUACUGCGUCUUUCCGAAAGAAAAUAAACGGAAAUCAGACGACUACUUGGAAAACUCCACUGCCAAAGCGAAGCGCUUCGAGAAUACUUCAAGUAAAAGCAAAUGUUCGGAUUUAAUAGUGCUCGGUCUGCCAUGGAAAACGACCGAACAGCAGUUACGAGAAUAUUUCGAGCCCUUUGGGGAAGUUCUGAUGGCACAAGUUAAGAAAGAUCCCAAGUCUGGCCAGUCCAAGGGUUUCGGCUUCAUCCGGUUUGGGAACUAUGAGUCUCAGUUGCGGGUGUUGUCUCAAAGGCACUUGAUUGAGGGGCGGUGGUGUGAUGUUAAAAUUCCCAAUUCCAAGGAGUCGCAACAGGCGCAUGUUCCUGCAAAGGUGUUUGUAGGAAGAUGCACAGAAGACAUUUCUGCCGAGGACUUGCGAGAGUACUUUACAAAAUUUGGCGAAGUGACAGAUGUUUUUAUUCCGAAGCCUUUCCGAGCGUUUGCAUUUGUGACCUUUCUUGAAGCGGAUGUUGCUCAGAGUUUGUGUGGGGAGGACCACAUUGUUAAAGGGGUGUCCGUCCAUGUUUCCAAUGCUGCCCCAAAAUCUGACCCUUCUAGAAACCAAGGAGGUCAACAUUACCCUAAUCCAUACAGAGGAAUGCCACCCAGAGACGGGGGUAAAAUGGGUGGUGGCUACGGGCAUUACGGAGGAGGAGGUGGCGGUGGAUGGAGCGGUGGGCGUGGUGGGAUGGAAAUGCCAAACCUUCAAACAUUAGGACUGGGUGGAGGAGCUGGAGGGACUGGACAGGGUCAAGGGAUGAACAAUCCCAUGGGGCUAGGUGCUCUUAACCUCGGUAUGCAUGGAAUGCCUGUAAAUCCUGCAAUUGUGGCAGCUGCUCUCAAUCAGGCUGGAUGGGGUCUUGUUGGGAACAUUCAAGGAGGACAGCAAGGCAAUGAAGGACCUCAGAGCUUUAAUCAUCCCUCUGCCGGUUUUGGACAUGGCAAUGCUGGACCAGCGCCUGGGGGUGGGACACAACAAGCAGGUCCAGACUCUGGAUUUAUGGCUUGGGCCGGAACAGACGGACCAGCUCCACAAGGUCAUCAAGGUCCACCAAAUCCCGGUCCACCUACACAACCACCUGCAGGAUGGUCCAGAGACAAACAACCCUUCAUGAAAUAUAACAUGUAAAGAAGAACGAGUCCCACUCUUCCUCUUCUUCACACAAACAAAAUCGUCUCCUUUGAAUCAACACUGGACACUUCACACUUUCAUAUGUCGAUAGAUUUCUCCUUUCUUGGGGAGCGAUCCAUUUUAAUAGGGUUAUAUUAUGACGACAAUGACGUACGUGAAAAGAGUAGAUGUUACAUACAUACAUAUAUAUAUAUAUAUAUUUAGUAGGUAUACAAGUACAGACUCUUCGUUCUCAUAAUAAUAAUAGGACUACUGGGAGGGAGGGAGAGAGUAAUUUAUUGGUUCGAGUUUCCACAAUCUCAGCAGAUCAUGUUAAUCAUGUAUAUUAUUCAUUUGAAGCCACGAGAAGGUUUCAAUUCAAUUACUACACGAGAGUGAGGAUGUAAUUACAUAAAUACAUACAACGUAUUCUAUUGAUGGUGCUAUUUAAUUAUUCAAUAGACUGGUGUUAGUAGCAGAGGCUCAUUUUUAAUGUUCACUGUCAGCAAACAAUUAUCUGUGCUAGAGAUAUUAUGUAUUAUACUGAUAAAAAAUACCCGGCUGGUAUCCUGCAAGAAAAGCUGAGUUGAAGAGUAUUUCACUUUCCGAGCAGCUUAAUAAUGAUUGUACAGCAGCACAGCAUACGUAAAUCAUGACCAUUUUCUUGCUGUCUUUGGUGGUCCAGUUUAACAUAGAGAUAAAUAUACGAGAAGUAUUUAGUUAGACAGGGACGGUUCAGUGGUGGAUCGGGAUGGUCGAGGUAGGCUAAAAUGUGAGGCUAAAACUUGAGGAGAUGCAAUGAUGAGGAUGAUAAUAAUUUAAUAAGAGGCGAAUUUCUCUGAUUUUGUCGUUAAUGGUUGAUGACGACGAGCACUUGACAAUGUCCGAACCUGUCCAAUAUUUGAAGCAGGACUGAAAAAUGUUGGACACCCUUGGUUCAUUUAUUUGAAACGUUUCUAGUUUUCCAUUGAUUGUCGACCAUGCACCACCACCAGAGGAAAAUACCAUCUAUAAACUUGUCAAAAUUUCCACUAAUCAUAGGUGGUCAGUUUUUAUUUGUCAUAUUGAAUACAUUAUCUAAGCCUUACGCCCACAAUACAAUACGUUACUUAUAAAUAGAAACUUUCGUCGUUUUCCAAAUUCCAAGCUCUAGUUCAACCAGCCGAAAACGAGACAGUGAAUCAAAACCUUAUCGCCGGUAGUUAGUUUGUAGCAGAUUUAAUAUAUAUGUAGUCUGGAGAUGGGUAUAAUUCUUAUUAGUUGGUCGAGUAGGUGCAUACAUAUUAAAUAUAAGAGUUGCGGGGACUUGACCAAUCUUGGAUUUGUAGAGGAAGGAAAAGUCAGACGAAUUUUUCUAGGUGACCUUGAUGCAUUAUUUCGUCAUAAUAAUACGUGCAAUGAUUUUCACCAAGAAGAGAAGUAUGUAGAGGCGAGAAAUGGAACGUACUGCCACUGCGUUGGACAACAUUUGCAGACAAAAUCUAGAUACAUACAUAGCUACAUAAUACAUAUAUAAUAAUAUUGCUUAAUGGUGAGGGUUUUAACACUGUACUAGACUAGUAUGAAACUCAUCCAAACAUAGUUUAUUACGUAAUGUCAUAUGUACAUGUAGGUGGUGGAGAUGGAUAGCUACAUGUGUAGUACAUAGUUGAGAAAGAAACAAUUAUUGUAAUUAGACAAUGAUGGCUAAUUAAUUAUUGAGACGAUGCGGAAAGAGAGAAGAGACGGAGAGAACCAAACCAAAACAACAAUAGUGGAUAUUUAAGUAAGGUUAUAAAAAAAGAGUAAAAAUUACAAAUAUGCUUUAAGAGACGAUAUGGCAAACACAACUGCCAUUCUUCAAGGUACAAACUGGAAUGAGUGAAUUGAACCGCACCAACAACCGUCGUUCGCGUGGUAUGUGUGGUUUAUAGCGUGUGGUGUGUGUAAGUCGUUGGCGAAAGAGUAUGGUGGACUUUUCAAUUUAUUCGCCGUUAAAAAAAUCCGUCAAUGUCCGAUUCCUGAACAGAAUGGCUUGCGUCUAUACUAUAAAUAUAUCUAAUCUAUAUCUGAAUUAAUGUAACUACACAAUAUUGUGAAUCUGUCUGUAACAAAUUCUAUGUCGGUUAUUCUACUUUCGGAUUCGCCACUUGCCACUUUGAGAAAGUGUCACUUUUAUCCUCAAUCAAUCAAUCCAAAUCUAAAGUAUCUAACGUGUGCGUAUGUAUGUCUAUUCAAAGCGCAGUAUGAUUUCUAUCUCUUUUCAUGUCCACGCGUCUGCGAAGGAAAGAAAGCAACUCUUUGAGUGUUCAGUAACAAUACGUAAAUAUUAUGUUUUACGAUUAUCAUGUCAAGAUUGGUUUUGUUCUUGUUAUUAUUAGAUGAGUACGAUAUCUAUAAUUUUUUGUUUUGGUGUUAUUAGUUAAGAGAGAAGAUCGACUCUUCAAUCCUUACAAAAAUUCUAUUAUCAUCAAUCCAUCAAUUUUUUGUUAGCAUUUUAAGAAGACUUUUACCUGUUAAUGAAAUUUUAUCGUUACACUAUUUACUACGAUUUAUGACGUUACGCGGGUUCAUUUAAUUUUUUGGUUUUAAAAAGAUUUAAAUUUUUAAAAGAAUGUUAAUUUACUAUUCAUAACGACAUAUAAAAGAGGAAUACUUUAAGCAAUUGAAAAUAUUAUUCUUACUGUUUUAAUUAUGAGACAUGAUGGUGAAUCCAUUAUACAAAUCUGACAACAAACUAUCUACGCUGCUGAGUUACUGCUGAAUGUUCCAUAAAUUAGCAUUUUGACGUACACAUAUAAUUUCCUUAUAAUACUGAGUAUGGACGGUUAUCAAUUCUUCUAUGGAUGUCGUUUUGUGUGGGAUAUAUCUGGUUAUCGCAAAGAGAGAAUGAAUUCCUUACAAGAGUUUUGCACAGCGGCGGCAGCGAGCGAAAGAAAAGUCGUUGAAAUUGUCAAACAAUUUUAUUGAGUGUAAUUGAUGAUAAUUAUGGGUGGGCGGAUGGAUGGAUGGAUGGAUGGCUCGAACGUUCGGUGAGUGAGCUCGAUUUAAGAAAAAAACGAGAAGAGGAUAACUACACAGAUAUCCAAACUAUAUUAAAAAUUAAUUAAAUAUCAUAUUAUAUAUUAUAUAUCCAAAAAUGAUGACUAUUAAACAAAACUUGAUGACGA